AUGUGGAGUUGGGUCUAUAUUAGUUGGGUUCAUAGUUUGUUUGUGGUUGGGUUUUAUUUGAUUUUGACCACCAAAGGGUAAGGUUGUCGUUUUGUUGUUUCUCUCAAUUUGUUUAGUUAAACCUAUAUCAAAUGCUUUUGAUUGCCAUUUUUGGAACCUCGAGGGGUGGAGUAUAUCAAGCGCUAAAAGAAAAAUAGUAAGUGGUGUCCAUAUGAUCAGCAUUUCGGGUUGAAUGUGUGACCAAUAAUUGAGGUGCCCAAAGGUUUGAAAUACUGAACAUGUUCAAUUGAUAAAAAAGAAAAAUGAGAAAGGUCACCAGCUCUUAUUUGAUAAAAGAGGAUAUCAACACCUACCUGAUAGCUAGCCAAUGGAAGAUUAUUGGUUUUGUUUUCUGCUGAUUUCACAGAGACAUCCUCUGUCUGAGUUUUUGAAUUAACUGAAUCUCUUAGCAGCUUGUUUCCCCCUCCUCCUCCUGCCCCACACUUUCUCUUUGUGGCAGUACACUCCCCCAUUCACUCGCAAUGCUUCCUUGCAAAGAGCAGCAUUUUUUAAUCUUUUUUUACAUUGAACUGAAAUUUGGGGCUCUUUUCCGGGUAAGUGUUACAAUGCUUUAUGUCCAAGAGAUUAUAGAGUCAAUUGUGACUCUUAUUCAAGUCCAAAAGUCAGAAAUUGCGACUGACACAAUGGAUGGUAACUAUUCACUUGUAUGCUACAACACACAUGAUGCAUUUUAACAUGCUCAACUGUUGCAUAGUUAUGAUGGCUAGGAAAGGACCCUGUACGGCUAAACACUGAUAACAUUGGUGCUGUACUCAGGUGAAUCAGAUAGGGACAGUUACAGAGGCCAUUGAAGUAGUGAAGAUGGCAAAAGAUGCCCACUGGGGAGUGGUGAUAGGUCAAAGAAGUGGAGAAACCGAAGAUUCUUUCAUAGCCGACUUAUCUGUUGGCCUUGCCGCAGGUCAGAUCAAAGCUGGUGCACCUUGCCGAGGAGAGCGACUAGCUAAGUACAACCAGCUGCUUAGAAUUGAAGAAGAGAUCGGUGACCAAGCAGUGUAUGCUGGUGAGGAUUGGAGACAGUCUUGAUCUCAUGUUUUUGUUCCCAUUUUUUCUUCUUGAGAACUUCAGUUAUCUGAAGCUUACCAAUGUAGUAGCUGUUGUCUCAAUGUUUCUUUUCACAUAGACUUUGAUAUGCAAGUAAGUUGCAGUUUUGUUGAUAGUUGCGGGGCUUUUGUUGAGUGAGAUUGCAUUUUGUUUUUCUUGUAAGCCAAAUUUCUGAAAAUUUGAGUGUAUUAUUUGAUGAUACGAGAUUUGGGAAUGCAACCUUUUUUUCUAUUUUACUAUAGAA